GAGUCCCUCCCUCGUUCUUCUCCCCUGCAGCAAAAAUAAUCCUAAAACAACCACUCUGACCUAGCCCUAGACGCUGGAUUAUCUGCUAAGAACCUCCAGGAAUCAUUGCUUGUCACGCCCCAAAACUCGGCCAUAUAUAUCGGACCAUGGCCUCUCCUCGGCGAAUUCGUUACCAAAUUGAACCCUAUAGGCGGCCCUCUAACAAAAUUUCCUCACAAAAAUGGGUUUGUUAGCGUAUCUACACUGUUGUUCCGAUUACGGCCCCCUCGGGCCUCAGGAUAGCAACCACCCUCAUACGAUAGAGGCUCAUGUUUGGUGUCUGAAAUCCGAGUGAUAGGUGCAAAACCGGGAGGUUGGGUGGUUCACGGUCGGCAGAAAGGCAUACCAGUGGUUUCCUAAAGACGAAGAGUUUGUGGUACAAAUUUCCGUGGAGACUAGAGAAUAUAAGAGGGAACAGCAGCCUCUAUUUGAAAAGACAAAGUCAUUACCACUGUUUGAUCCUUGGUUCGAAUAGAGUAUAGUCUAUCAACUUCCCCGGUCAGUCAAUACAUUGCAUACUUUCCGCUAGUAUUUGCACGAGCAUGCCCAAGAUGGAAGGUGGGUAACUCUUGGUGGUGAUCGAGACUUCCACAGACCCCCACCACCCCAACCCGCAUGAAUUCAAACCGAGUCUACCAGGCGCUUAUCCGGUAAUCCCAAACCAUACCCUGACUAACGGCUACUAACUUUAGCAGACAUUCCAAAGCUUCUUCACCCGUUAUCACAAGCCAGCGUCCCGGCCGAGAUAUGCCGAGGAUGACCCGUCAACCAUCCCCUCGUAUAGUCUAGUUCCGAUACAAAUCUAACUCCACCUCAGAGAAAAGCAAUCCUCCCCUCAGACCGCAGAGCGGCAGUAUACGACACCGUUUCGCAAGCCCAAAAAAUUCAGAUUAAAAGCUCCCACUUCACAAUCUGACACUCAUCGAAUCUCUUGGCCACACACUCACCUGAAACAACUGGGCCUUGACUAGCUUCCGCUUAUCGCUGCAGGACUAUCACCACUAUCACUCACUUGUUUCCGGAAGCGUCGAAUAUCCGAAUGCCGUCUUGAGUGACUACUACGGGUUUGACCCACCGUGUCUACGCAGUCGCAUCGGCGCCAUCGCCCAGAACGCCAGAUGUGCACUUGUAAUUGAUAGCCCAGGGUUUGGGCAGGUGAUUUUUGUGGCAAUUGGAGCAGUGGAGGUUGAAACCGUUCAGUAGGUGCACAUCCCUUUCCCUGUCCAAACAAGGACGUUCGCUUGAUAAGCAAACGGUUACACGCAAUACUUGUACUAAGGCCGGGGGGAAACAGUUUCAGCGAAGAAGCACGAAUUCCGGGGCGAAGAUCGAAAAGGGGAAGGAGUUGGGAAUGCCUGAGUCCGGUGGGUUGAAUGUUGCGGUAAUCUUUGAGCAAGGUCAAAUCGAACUCGAUGAUGAAGAUCUGCUCAGUGUCAGUAAACGAGGGGCACGGGUGGACGUUGGGGUAGGUCAGAGACUGAGAAGGGCUGUCAAAGUUUAAGUCGAAGAAGGUUUGGGGCUUGGUGUCCUGAAACAGGUUCGGGGUUUCGCCAGAAGUGCCUGAUAGAGCAAGCGUCCGCUCCGGGAAUGGAGUGGCUUAGUCGUGGUGUCACACCAGGGGUUAGGGGUUGCCUCAUAUGGGGGAGCUGGAAGGUUCUACAAGCCCUUAAGGGGUAAAUUUACAGUACGUUGCUCGUUUCUAAAAUAGUUUGACGAAAUGUUAAAAUGGUAUGAUUCUCG